AUGGCGGACAACUUCGACGACGUCCCCGACUCCACAGAUUGGCUCUCGACGCCUUUGUCAGGGCUCUCGGCCGUCGAGGCCGCGCUGCGAUGCCAAGUAUGCAAGGACUUCUUCAAGACGCCCAUGCUCACGUCCUGCUGCCACACCUUCUGCUCGCUAUGCAUCCGCCGCGCCCUCUCCAAUGAAGGCAAAUGCCCGCUCUGCCGCGCCUCGGACCAGGAGCUGAAGUUAAGGAGUAAUUGGGCCAUGGAGGAGAUUGUCGAGUCUUUUACGAAGGCGAGGAAAACGACGCUGGAGUUCGCCAGGACCGCCGGCCAGGCCUCCGCCAGAGGCUCGUCGCCGAAGAGGAAGCUUGUGGAGGAAGACUCCGCGCCGGAACACCAGCCCGAGGCGAAGAGACUUAGGAGCUCAGCGCGACUCAGCAGGACAAGGGCGGGCCAGUCAACAACGGUGGUAGACCUGGAGGAGGAACACAAUCCAGAGCCCAGAGAAGAGGAAGAGGACGACGAAGCAGACGACGCAACAUUCACACCAGAAGACGGCCUCGUACCCUGCCCAAUCUGCCAAACCCGCAUGAAGCAAUUCCAAGUCUUUAGCCACCUCGACAAAUGUCCCGGUCCCCAGCCGCAACCCUCACGUCCCAGCGCGAGCCGUACCCCGACCCCGAACACGCCCGCCCGCGGCGCCGCUCCGCCGCGCCAGACUCCAGCUCCCGAGCGCCUCCCCGCCAUAGCCUACUCCAUGCUUAAAGACGCUGCCCUCCGCAAGAGAAUGUCCGAUCUCGGCCUCUCUACGAACGGCACGCGGCAGCAGCUCGAGAAGCGUCACAAGGAGUGGGUGACGCUGUGGAACGCAAACUGCGAUUCGGCGCGCCCGAAACGCCGCGCAGAGUUGCUUCACGAUCUUGAUGUGUGGGAGCGCACGCAGGGUGCGAAAGCGCCCAUGUUUGCCGCUCGUCCGGGGGCUGCAGUCAAGGAUAAGGAGUUCGAUGGCGCGGCGUGGGCCGUGAAGCACGACGACUCGUUCAAGGACUUGAUUGCGAAUGCAAGGAAGACCAGGGCGCAGGCGAAGCAGAAGACAGAGGAGGCGGCUGCUGAAAAUGCUACGGCACAAAAAGAGUCGGAUGCUGCUACGCCAGGUGUCGUGGAGAACACAGAGAGGGUGAAGAGUUUAGAGAUGGCUGAGAGCACGGCAGCAGAGGUCACGAUGGUUGACCUGACGGAGCCAUCUGUAGACCCCGUGGCCACUCCCACUCACGAGGCUGCGAUUCCAAAACCACCCUCAUCCGCAUAUUACUUGCAGGACGGCUUUUCAGAGCAGAUACCCGCGGUGGACAUUGGCGCAACAAAUAGCCAAGAAGCACGGUAA